GCCAGGCGUCGCCGGCCGCGGUUGCCAUGGAGACGCGGCCCGCAGCCGCGGGCAGGAGGACGUGCCGCUCGGCGGGUACGGGCUGCGCCGCCGGGCUCCUCCGCCAGCGCCAUCAGACGGCGCGGGAUCCGCGCGUCAUCCGCUUCUCCUGAGGAGCAGCCAGCUCAGCACCCAUGCGUCCUGUCCCCUGCUCUGUCUCUCCGGUGUUUUCCUGCAGCCUUGCAGCCGCUAAGUGCCCUCCAUCUGCCGCCUCUAAGUCCCAAGCUUUAUCUGCUGCUGUGGGGCGUCCUUAUCUUCUGCCUUCUUCCAAAGGACGUGACCUCGGCAGCGUGCCCGCCAUCUGCUCUCCUGCCUCCGAGCUCCUGACCCUCUGAGCCCUCCCAGGGACCUCACCCUCCAUCCCGCAAUCUGCUUCCCCCCUGCUUCCCCAGCCGACCUUUUCUUUCCCACCCACUUUCAUUCUUUGUUCUCCCUCUGCACUUCACCCAUUACCCCCCUUCACUCGGUCCCUGCCUUGCCAGCAGCAGUGGAUGCAGCUCCUGGUGCUUGCUUUGUCUGUUGCUGCUCCAUGGAGGAAGCCAGCUGUGACUAGAGACACUCCGCUGCUGCUGGCUGCUGCCAGGGAGGUGGCCCAGGUGACAUGAAGGAUCCCUUCCAGCUCCAACAAAUCCAUGAUUCUGCACACCGGUUUCUUUCCCGUCCUCUUUUUGGCGGUUUUGAAAGGAAUGUGAGUGAUGCUGCUGCAUCAGCUCCGCCGCUCUGUUACGCCUACAUUCCUCCUGGAGCACGGAACAGAGAAGCGAGCAUGCGUUCCUUGUGCUUCGAGCAAAAUGAGAAGGGCUGGAACCUCUUUGACAGAUUUAUUCCAAUAUUACAAAUGGAGAAGGAACGAAAAGAGCUCCUUCAGUGGAAAGAGGAAGAAAGGAAAGAGAGACAUAACUGCCAGAGCCCUCCUCAAAAGGAGAUGCUGCAGGCUGUUGUAAAGCAACUGCAUGACAUGCGUGAAAAUUUUAACAAAUUAAAAGAAGAUUUUGUCUAUAACCUAAGAAUUUUGGAAGAAAGAGAUAAAGAGUUAGAGUCCUACGAUGUCACAUUCACUCACCUGAAAACAUCUGAAAAUGCUAAGCAGGCAGAGAUUAGUGACCUUAAAAUACAGCUGGAUAAACUGGAGCAACUUCUCGUCAAGGAAAGAAGAAAAAGAGCUGAACUUCAUUAUCACUAUCAACAAAACCUUGAAGAACAUAAGUUAGAGCUGGAACAGAUUUGCAGGUCUAAGAGCAGUCACACAAGUCACAAACAUGAGAAGCGUGUCAGCCCGAAACAUCACAUGGGGAGAAAACUCCAAGAACUGCAAGGAGAGCCUGCUUGUCAGAAACAGGUGGAACUGCUGACCAGAGAACUGGAGGCCCUCAGAGGGACUGGAAUGCAAGCAUCAGAAUCACCGCAAACAGCAGAAGUGGUUAAUUUGCAACUGGAGAAAGAGGACAAGUACAAGAAUUGGGAAUUAACUGAUUUUGUAGCUGUGAGAAAUGCCCAGCAGGAAGAACCAUCUCGUGCUGAUAAGGAAAAGGAUGCAGUGUCGGCUUCAUUGGAAGAAGCUCCAAUCAGACAGUUUAGAAAGCUGAAGAAACAGAUUAGAGAACUCCAGAUGAGACAGAAAGGCCUGGAAGCAAGGCUGCGCAGGAAGGAAGGGAAUCACAGUGCUUGUGUGAGAGAGAAAGAUGCCCUUAUUGAAAAGUACAAACAACAACUGUCAAUGGCAGCUGAGCAAGGAUGGCUUCUGGAGCAGAGUAAAACCCAAGCAGAUCUGGACAGGCAGCUCUGUGGGAAUGCUGAAAACCAUCAGCAUCAGAAAUCAGAGGAUCUGACACCGAGUCUGUCUUUACCAAGAAAACAGGCUGAAGCAGAUCUACAGAAGGCUGACUACAGUCCCCAUGCAAUGCAGACUGUUCCUUCUGCUUUCUCUGUUGAGGGAGAAGAGUUAAUACAGUCUCCACUGUCGAAUCGUGGUGUUCUUCCUGAAGGAGAGAAGCAGACAUUUCAAUCUGAUAAUAAAAGCUGUCUCAGGAAAGACAUUCCUAGCUCAGAAAUACAAAAGCUGCAGGAGCAGAACGCCAACCUUCGGGCUGUUAUUGCACAGAUGAGGAAAGAAAUGGAGAGCCUCGAUGAGCAGACGCCGUCCUCACUGCCUCGGAGAGAGCAAACUGCCCCAGGCCACACUGCAGAGAUCUCACUGCUCACUGCUGGUGCCCUGGUGGGAAGGGCUGAAGGUUCCUUGUGCGCAGACCAAGUUUCAGGGAGAACCACGUCGAGCAAUGUGAAUGUCAGCUCAGCUAACCUGGGUUGUGUAGUAGGCCCAGGCACAGAGAAGGGGUCAGAUAACAGAGUUAUGGAGAUAAAGAUGAUAGAUUUUGGCUCUGCCUCAGAUAACUGUUGUCCUGGUGGUGCUGUUCACUGUGGUGUCAGCUGCACUCCACAAGGAACGCAAAAUAAACGGGAGGAAGCAGCGAGAACAACCUCGGCCCUGAGCCAAGAGAAGCAGCAGCUGAUUGAAAUGGGAAACAGACUCAGAACAGAUCUUGGAAUGAUACUAAAGGAAGGACUUUGGCAUCCUAUGAGCCCUACGCGCUGCUCAGUUUGUGUUGGCUCUGGUGGCCUUUCUCCAAGAGAGCUUGUCAAAAGAACACAGUGUCAGCUUUCAGCUUUAAGGCAUCUGCAGCACAAGCUCUUAACACAGGUCCAGCUAGAUUCCUCUGCUGGAAAUUAUGGGCCAAAGCAGCAAAAAGCAGCUACAUCCUCAAAGGUUCAAAGUCAGCCACCCAAGGAGAGCCCUGGUCAAGCCCAGCAGGUCUGGAUUUCUUCAUCUAGAGCACACAGUUCAUGCCAAGGUAUUUGGCAAACUUCAGAAAUGGAAUCAAGCUCUUCUUCUCUCAGUCCUCAAAACAACACUAAACAAGUUGUCUUUCAGAUGCAAGCGAUGCACACACGGACUCGAAAGCUCAGUAACAGAAGAUGAUUUGGAACAAAGGCAAGCAAGUCUGCUCGCUUAUUCGAACAUGUAUUUUACAAGCUCAGUGCUGUACAAGUCUGCCACAGCAGUAACUCUGUUUUAUGGGCAUUUCUGGUGAAACAGCAAAAGAUGUGUGAUAAUUAUUUUCUGAUCCUCCUUCAUUCUGUGGUUUUUUUUUUCACGUAUAAACCACAGGUUGGCAUAUUAAAUAAGUCCCACAGUUUUCUAUACUUCUUUGUGACAUAAUUCAGUGACUCAGUGUGCUUUGGGGUGCUGAUGACACGUGUUAAUGCUGAGUGACUGAAAUGGACUGUUAUGUACUUUGUUCAUUUCGCCAUCAAAUUCUGAGCUUAUGGAAACUUCCAAGGAAAUCAAAGACUGAAAAAUAUGUUCAGUUUCUCCCCUCUUACUCUACUUGCUAAUUUUUACUGUAGGAAUGAGAUGGUUUAAAUAUUUGUGUGUUAAUUCUGAAGAUAAGUAGAAAUAAGGGGGUUAGAAGGAGCACAGGCUCCUACGAUUCUGUGAUUCAGGUUUUUUCUUGAUUCUACGUUCUUGAAAAGAUCUUGCAACAGAAAUCGAUGGAGACAAUCCACAGUGUUAUUGAAAGCAUCACUGCUGCAUACAGACUGUACCAGCCAGACUGUACUUAACUAAUUCUUUCCCUUUUGUACGUCCUGUCCCUGAGAGUACCUGGGAGACUUUGGUUGGUCAUCCAUAACAAAUGAGUCUUGAAGGCUGAUGAUGGUCCACAGAAUCAUAGAAAUGCUUGGGUUGGAAGGGACCUUAAAGAUCAUCCAGUUCCAACCCACUGCUGUGGGCAGGGCUGCCUCCCCCUAGAUCAGGCUGCCCAGGGCUUGGGCUUGAACGCCUCCAGGAACAGAACCUCCCAAGCUUCCCUGGGCAUCCUGUGCCAGUGCUUCACCACCCUCUGAGUAAAAAAUUUCCUCCUAAUAUCUAAUCUACAUCUCCUCUCUUUUAGUUUAAAACUCUUCCACCUGCCCAUGUACAAAGCUUGUCUCCUUCCUGCUUAUAAGCUCCCUUUAAGUAUUGGAAAGCCAUAAUGAGGUUUCCUUGGAGCCUUCUCUUCUCUAGACUGAACGAGCACAGGUGCCUCAGCCUUUCUUCACAGGAGAGGUAUUCCAGCCCUCUAAUCAUCUUCAUGGCUUUCCUCUGGACCUAGUCCAACAACUCCUCGUCUUUCCUGUAUUGGGGGCCCCCCAGGAUGCAGUACUCCAGAUGGGACCUCAUGAGGGUAGAGUAGAGCGGGACGAUCCUUUGAUGCAGCCCAGGAUACUGUUGGCUUUCUGGGCUGUAAGCACACCCUGCUGGCUCCUGUCCCACUUUUCUUCCACCAGGACCCUCACAUCCUUCCCCACAGGGCUGCUCUCAAGUUCUUCUCCCAGUCUGUACACUUAUUUGGGAUUGCCCUGACCCAAGUACAACACUUUGUGCUUUGUCUUUUUGAAUCUCAUUACAUUCAUGUGGGCCCACUUUCCAAGCUCGUCCCUGUCCCUCUGGAUGGUGUUCCUUCCUUCUGUUGUAUCAGCUGCAGCACUCAGCUUGGUGCCCUCUGCAAACGUACAGAGUGCACUCAAUCCCACUGUCUGUGUCAUUGAUAAAGAUGUUGAAGAGCACUGGUCCCAAGACAGACCACUAAGGGACAGCCCUCGUGACUGGCCUCCAGCUGGACAUAGAGCCAUUGACCACAAGCCUCUGGCUGCAACCAUCCAACCAGUUCUUUAUCCACCAAAUUGUCCACCUUUCAAAUACAUGUAUUUCCAAUUUAGAGUUAAGAAUAUGGUGUGGGACCAUAUCAAAGGCUAGAAGUUAAGGUAGAUAACAUCAGUUGCUCUUCCUGUGUCUACUGAUGCCAUCACUCCAUCAUAGAAGGCCGCCACAUUGGUGAGGCACAGUCUACCCGUGGUGAAGCUGUGCUGGCUAUCUUGGAUCACCUCACUGUCUCACAUAACAUCCAGGAGGACCUGUUCCGUGACCUUCCCAGACACAGAUGAGAUACUUAUUGGCCUGAAGUUUCCUGGAUCUUCUUUUCUCUCUCUCUUAAAAACAGGGGUGAUGUUUCCCUUUUUCCAGUCACUAUGGACUUCACCCAACACCCAUCCUCUAAAAAAAGUUACUUGUCAAAAGAGCUGUAUGCUUGCCUCUCAAAAUCAUGGCACGCAUACACAAUAGUGUGAUUAGCUUCUGUACAAGCUGCAAGGUUCACGAAGGCAAGCAUCACCUGGUGAAAUUUGACCAUAAGACCACAGAGUAUAGCCAGUGGCAUGAGAGGCGCUUUGUGUUACCAUGUAGAUUGCUCCUGAUCGGCUAUGUCUCCUCAGGUCAGCAGAGACAGAGGUCAGUGCAGAGGGAACAUAAGGCAAGCUGUGUCUGCACUUGGAAUAUCCCCACUUGUUCUAUACACUUUUGGAGUAGGUAAAACUUGGCAUUUUCCACCCCAAAGUAGGACUCUGAUUUUGGUAGGUGGUCCCACUGUACUCCUGGGAGCCCCCACAUCCACAGCCAUUUACAGCAGAGGUCUUGGGGUAAUUAGUUGAGUUUACAUUGUAGCCUAACAAAGGAAGAGAAUAAGAUGUUUUACAGCAAAGUCACUUUUCUGGUUUACUACUUGAACUUGUUACCACCAUUCUCAUUGUUACUGUUACUUGCAAAGCUCUGCGCUCUGAAAUUCUACACUUUAUGGAUCAAAAGUUAUCUUAAGUGUUUCCACACUAGACAGAAUUUCAACAGCUUUGACAUCACUGACAGUUCUAAGAGCAAUCCAUGUGGGUAAAAAGCUGGCCAGAGAAAGGAUCUAGUAAAAUAUUAACAAACAGAAAGAGUGCUCUGGCUCUGGCUCUUGCUUCAUUCUAACUCUAAGAAGAGCUAAAGAAAGACUCCUGAUUUCUCUGUUGCAUAAAACUUUUCAUCUUUGAAGUGUUUCACAAAUAUUAACUAAUCCCCUGGUUACGUUUUCUUCGCUUAAACACUCUUCUGCUGAAUAGGAACUUGUUUGAGCUGGUGUUCUUUACGAAGCACGGUUAGACACGAGCAAAUAGCUAGGGACUCCUUUUUUAAAUAACAUUUUCCAUUUGGGGAACUGCCUGUAUCUUUCUAGAUCUGAACAACAACAAUAAAAAA